AUGGUCGCUGUGAAGGACAUGAUGAUUGCGGCCGCUGCCGUCCUCAGCAUGUCUACACUGGUCGCGCCAUAUCCUAUUCCUCGUCCGACAGAGGAACAAGAAGAAGUCGCCUAUACCGGUGUCAGAGGAGCGCCCCUCGCCUUUCCCUUCAGGCACGGCGUUUACAACUACGGUGCCCCUGUCCACCGUCGUGUCGUGGGCGCAGAAGAGUCGUGGAGUUUACGUCUAAAGCUGGACGAGCCGAAGAGCAACGGAACCAAUGCUACCAGACCCCUUGGUGGCUGGAAGCCGCGAAAGGGCCUUGCAGACCUCAGAAAGGAUGGGGGUGCGGUGUGUAAGGUUGGGGAUAAUGGGACUGCGAGAGGCGGCAAUGACUAUGAGGAUGCACGGUCGGAUAAAGACGGCGAGGACAAUGAUGAGGACGAAGAGGAAGGGAUUACUGAGGAUCCAGACGGCGACAACGCUGAUGGAAAUCAGAAACCCGCAUCAACAAAGACAUAG